UUAGGAUAAUACAUUUCAAAUCGGUUAGUCUAUGUACAGCUCGGCUGGGGCGAAGUUGGCGUUGCUGUCACAUGACCAUGGACACACUCAUCUAGUGCGAGUCGCGGUGGCUGUGCUUGUUUUUUGUUUCACUAAAUAAAUUCAAAAAAUGGCGCAAUUUGAAGAGUCGCACCUGGUGCACGAUUACCAGGCGAAACCGCUGAAUAUGGAUACGAAAAUUCAGGAAAACAAGGGCUCCUUCUGCAUAGAUGCCCUUCUUUCACGUGGUGAUGACCGUCCGACGUCGCCCGAGACGUCCCGAAGCAUAUCGCCGACGUCUACGAGGAGUCGGAGUCCCCCGAUUUCACCAGGAAGCGAAGAAGUGCCCCAGACUGCUUUUGUACCAAGGCCGGGACUUUUAAACCACAUUUAUCCGAAUGGAGGCAAUUUUUACGGUUAUCAGGCGCAACCUCAAGCUUCGGCCUUUCAUAGUUUAGACGGUGCGAUGAUACAAAAGGUCCAGUUGCCGGUCAAUCAUCAUAAUCAUAAUCAGUUGCACCAGAUGCAGCUGGAGUGGCUGGCAAGGACGGGGAUGUUUUACCCCAGGCUGCCCGAUUUAGCAGGUUGCGGCCCUGGCCACGCUCUUUUGGGUAAAACGCGGCGGCCUCGCACAGCCUUCACCUCCCAGCAGUUAUUAGAAUUAGAGAAGCAAUUUAGACAGAACAAAUAUCUAUCACGACCGAAACGGUUCGAAGUAGCGACAAGCCUAAUGUUGACCGAAACUCAAGUGAAGAUUUGGUUUCAAAACCGGAGAAUGAAGUGGAAACGCAGCAAAAAGGCCCAGCAGGAGGCGAAAGGUACGUCCAAGGAUGAUUCAGUGUCGUCGAAUAAGCAAGCAGUGAGUUCGUCCCAAAGUAACUGCAAGCCAACGUCGUCGCAGGAAAACAUGGAAAGUCAGUUGGUGGAAACUGAUAGUCGAAAAAUUCAAGAUGAAUCUCUGUACAGACCCUACGUUGUGUAAAAACCAGUGAUAAAAUUGCUAGCGUUUAUGUUUUUGUAAUUGUAAAUAUUUAUUAAUAAAGUGUACUGUGAAGUAUGA